UACUGUCAUCUCUAUAUGCCAAAUUAUAAGCUGUCAAACACAAAUUCUAAAUUUGUUUACUUUUGUGUAGUUUCAUUUGAUUUCUAUGAACAAUAAUGAAUAGUUUAAAUAUUCCCACUGAUUUCGGCCCAGAUUCAGGCGGCAGAGUUAAGGGCUUAACAAUAGUGAAAGCUAUUGUCUAUGGCAACAUCGCCCGUUCGUUUGGAAAGAAACGAGAAGAAGAUGGACAUACACAUCAGUGGAAAGUCUAUGUGAAGCCCUAUCUCAAUGAGGAUAUGUCCAUCUAUGUGAAGAAGGUGCACUUCAAGCUACAUGAAAGCUACGCAAAUCCUAAUCGAAUAGUGACUAAGCCACCAUAUGAGGUUACCGAAACUGGAUGGGGUGAAUUCGAAGUGGUCAUAAAAAUCUACUUUCACGAUCCCACUGAACGUCCGGUAACAUGUUAUCACAUUUUGAAGCUAUUCCAGUCGCCCAUAGUCGAUGGGGAAAUCUCCUCGUCGACUAUAGAUAGUAAGAAAGGCUUGGUGUCGGAACAAUAUGAAGAGAUUGUCUUCCAGGAGCCCACCCAACUAAUGCAGCACUACUUGACGAAUGUAACGCCAAUAACAAAUGGACCGUAUGUCCAUGACACAGACUUUGAAAACAAAAAAGUUAAAACACUUGACAAUAUCCUCGAAGUGAAAGGACGAGUCAAGACGGAAAUAACACAACUGAAGGAUAAGUUAAAACUGGCUCGAGAGUCUAUCGGAAGGUUUAAAACGGAAUUGGCUAAAGUACAAAAGACGCAAAUUACUUAAUUUGACGCAGCGUGAUUGAAAAAGAAACUUGC